UGGCAGCGCCAGAGUCCAGCACGUACCGCGCUGCUGUGUUUCUGUCAUGAACUGGCAUUACUGGUUUCACCAACACAAAGAGUAUAAAUAGUUCAGCUAAAUCAGCUCAAACUGCACUGUUUUACUGCCUCACAUUAUACAGAAGCUCGUGUUUUAGCUCUCAGUGUAAAGUUUCUGCGUCGCUCACCUGUUAUUAAUCAGACAGGAGUUUAACAUGUUCCCAUGGUUUGGGUUUGUACUUGUUGUGAUGGUCGGUGUUGGUGGAACAGCAGAGGGGAAGAAAGACGAAGUUAUGUAUUGUUCAGCCUGCAUGGCGAUUACUGAUGAGCUGCUGCACUCCAUCAGCCUGAUCGAUCCGAAGAAGACCGUCAGUGUGGGAGGAUUCAGACUCAACCCUGAUGGAAGCCUCACCGAUAAAAAGGUUCCUCUGGCCAGGUCAGAGACUCACCUGUCGGAGCUGCUGGACGGCGUGUGUAAUAACAUGAGCGAUUACGCCCUGUACGAGGAUCCAGACACCAAACGCCAGAGCUACAGACGCUUCGCCCCCAGAGGAGGGGACGCCGGGAACUUUCCAGAUUUAACACAUUUUAAAUUUACAGGACCGGAGGGAUCAGACUCGCUCAAAUUUGCUUGUGAGAACAUCGUGGAGGAGCUGGAGGAGGAAAUCAUCUCACUGUUCACACAGGAGAACCACCACGGCGAGGACGUGGCUCAGAGACUGUGCAGCCAAGUGUCAGGUUUCUGUAAACGCUCCGAGUUCCAGCACGCCGAGCUCUAACCUCAGAACCUGGACCUUGAUCAGACGGUGAACCUGGUUUUAAAAGGAGCAAAACCGUCAUUAACUGUAUUAAUAUGGACUUUAUGAAGCUGUCGUUAGGGAGAUGUGAUAGUGUUUUACUAAAUAAAAAUAAAGACUUUUAAUAUUUAAAUAAAGAGUCUGAAUGUUGGCUGAAGUCUUCUGAUCGUCGACUCUCCGUUAUACGGUGGUGCAACAGCACGCCUGACUUACCGGGAGCCGAAAUCAUCAUGAAUCUGAAUUUUGGGGAAUGCUGAGUCGCUUUUAUGUUGGGCCCCUAAACAAGGCCCUUAUCUCUCAAUUGCUUGCGAUGUAUAAGGUCACAAUUGUAAGUCGCUUCGGAUAAAAGCCAGAAAUGUUUUAAUAAAGUUUGUUUUUGAGACGAGACGUCCGACAAGCUCA